AUGACCGCCGAGGUCUUUGAAACAGCCGCCGGCGUGACGAACAGAAGCGUCGCCCAUGAGAUGCGGCGUACGGGCAAGUCACCGGGUGCCGUCAGGGCGUCCGACCCGCCCUUCGGCGCCACGGCCAGCCAGGUGGCCGAUAAUUGGUCAGGCGAGGGCAAGGUGGUGAUCGUGACCGGAGGCUACGGCGGCAUAGGGCUUGAGACCGCUCGCGUGCUGGCAUCGCGGGGCGCGGAGGUCGUGAUCGCGGGGAGGAAUGAAUCAAAGGGCGAGGACGCGAUCGCGGAGCUCAGGAAAGAGAACCCGGAGGCCAGGCUGCGGUUCAUGCGGCUGGACACCUCGAGCCUGGCGUCCGUUGCGGCAUUUGUGGAGUCCUUUCGAAAAUCUGGGCUGGAGUUCGUGAACACACUGGUGAACAACGCGGGGAUCAUGCACGGCCCGUUCGGUCUGUCGAAGGAUGGGCACGAGAUGCAGUUCGCGACCAACCACCUGGGGCACUUUCUGCUGACCCGGCUGCUGGCGCCCGAGCUUGAGGCGGGGGCCAAGAGGGCGGGAGCGGCGUCCAGGGUGGUGAACGUGUCGAGCUGCAUGCACCACGCGACCUACCCGGGGGGAGUGAGGUUCGAGGGGCUGGACGAGGAAAAGGGGUACAGCGAGGGGGCCGCGUACGGACAGUCCAAGCUGGCCAACAUCCUGUUCACCAGGGAACUGGAGGCUAGGAUGCGGUCCAGCGGCGCCCAAGUGACGGGGGUCUGCUGCCACCCUGGCGUUGUCCCUACGCAGAUCAUGAGGAGCCAUUCCAAGCUCGUGGGCGUCGCCUUCCGGUGGAUCUUCAAGAAUUUCAUGCCUUGCUACCGGGAAAUACCGCAAGGCGCCGCCACUCAGGUGUUCCUUUGCACCGCCGAUGAGGUGAAGGGCGGCGAGUACUACAUGGACUUCGCCAUACUGCCCACAAGCAGAUACGCAGUGGACCGGACCUUGGCAAAAAAGCUGUGGGACGUCAGCGAGGACAUGUGCCAGGAAUACCUUAAGGGGUGA